CUAGGUUUUUUUCGGAAUUUUCAGUUUCAAUGUUGUCUCAGAGAGACGGGAAGAACAAGGAGAUGACACUGGAAACGAUAGAAGAAGCUUUGAAGCUUGUCUAUUCGAAGAAGGAGAAUUUGAAGAAAGCAUUCGAUGACUUGCAAUCUCACUCCACUCUCCUUUCCUCUUCUUCCUCUUUCUCCGCUCUCUCUUGGUCCGACAUCGACGCCCACUUUUCCUCUAUCCAGGCCUCUCUCACCCGCCGUUUCGAAGUCCUCCAGUCUGAAUCGUCAACCUCUCAUGUCGAUCGAGCAAUGGCCUUUGACGAACCAAUGUCCUCGCCCAUCAAGUCGAUCGAGGAGCGACUCGAACAGGGAUCGAAUCGGGAGGAUUUGACAGUUCCACCGGGUCCUUCGACGUCUUCUGGGCAGCCGAGUCAGCAACGAGUGUGCUCGGCAGAGAGUCGGGCUGAAUUGAGGUCACUGUGUGAGAGAAUGGAUGGGAUGGGACUGAGGAGUUAUAUUCACGAUCAUUGGAAUGAAGGGGACGUCAUUCGUGCCGAAGUAUCAGAAGCUUUUCGGUUUUCAUCGGACCCGGGGACGAUGGUCCUGGACGCAAUGGAGGGGUUUUAUCUCCAGAAUGGCCAUUCAAAGGGUGAUAAAGAUCCCAAAUUGUUCCGUGUGAGGCGGGUUUGUGCUCUAUUGCUUGAGCAGUUUAUGGGUUUGGAACUUAAUUUUUCUGACAAACUGAGGGAGAGAGCCAAGAACUUGGCUUUGGAGUGGAAAGGGAAGGCUACUACCAAUGGCGAAAACCCUUUGGAGCCAUUGGGUUUCUUGAACUUGGUGGCUGGGUUCGGGUUAAAGUCUAUGUUUGAUUUGAAUGAGCUUGUUGAUUACUUUGUCAAUGUGGCUAGGUACAAACAGGCUACAAUACUGUGCAGGGCUAUCGGUUUUGAAGAUAAGGUGCCCGAGCUCAUUCAGAAGCUCAUUGACACUGGCAAAGAACUUCUCGCUAUCAAAUUUAUUUUUGAUUUUGGGUUGACGGAAAGGUUCCCACCAGUCCCUUUAUUGCAAUCCUACUUGAAGAAAUCCAAGAGGCUUGCUAAAAAAAUGUGCAAGAACGGAAAUAGCUCUCUGAAGUUGCAGAAUGAGGCCACAGCCAAAGAAGUCGGUUCAUUAAAAUCAGUCCUUAAAGUGAUCGAUGAUCACAAGCUCGAACAUGAAUUCCCAAGGGAUACCCUUGAGAAGCGUAUUGAGGUGUUAAAGAAAGCAAAAGCAAAGAGGAAACUCCCUCCUGUAGCUCCGGCCACCAAGCCUCAGCAGCAAGUGAAUCAACAAUCAAAGAGGAAGCUGCCGCAGGAAAAGAAAGCAGAGAGGAAGCAGCAGCUGGCUGGAAACAAGCGUCCACGAACAGCUGGAGUCGCUGGUCAUGGAGCCAUGCCAAUGGGUAUUGCUGGUGCCAAUUCAAGUGUCCUCACUUUUCAGCAAUCUCAUGUACAGCCAGCAGGUUUGUUGCCAGACCAUCCUGCCCUCUAUCCAAGUUCAGCCACCGGACCAUAUGGCUGGGGUUCUGCUCAAGCCACCCCUUAUCCUAGUUCAUCAGCUGGAACCUAUGGCUAUCCGGGAGCACCUGUGGGAUAUCAUGACAACCCAAACCCAAGUGCAUCCUACUUAUACCCUCCGGAGUCGCAGGUGCCACCCACUUAUUAUGACAGGCAAACACCUUACGGUGGAUAUGGUAUUCCACCUCAAUACCAUCCAAAUUACUAUCCUCAGUAGAGUUCUUUGCAUCCUCUGUUCUUAUGAUAGUGUAGUUUUCGGAUGGUAUCAUAGAUUUUGGCCGACUUUUCAUGGCUGGUUAUUUGAAAAGAUAAAAGGAAUUUGAAUUGUAAAGGAUUAUCUGUUUGUUUAGCAAAUUGAAUUCACAUCUUUCUAUCCUCCUAUUUCGUGGAGGAGGAGGGGAGUGAAAGUGGUACUACCAUAAAUGGAUAUUUACUCAUUCUCCUUUU